CACGUGCAGUGUAAUGUAGAAUGCAUACCACGUGUAUUAUUGUCUUUAGUAUUUAACUUUUCUAUAAAAAAAAAAAUAAAUAUUUGUAUUAUAAAUAUUAAUAUUAAAAUAUAUAUAAUUUUAAAAUGAAUAUAGUACCGUGUAUAGCUUGGGUAAAAAAAGGUGUUGCAUCAACAAAUCCUGUAAAGGUUGAAUUAACUCCAAAUGAAUUAGAGAAAAUCAUAAAACAAACUCAAUCUGAAUUACAAGAUGUUGAAAGUGAUUUAGAUGAAGAACAUAAUGAAAUUAAAGAAGAAAAAUAUAAAAUAGAUUCUCAACUUGAUAUAUCCAAAACAGAUGAAUAUGAUUUUGAUAAAUAUGAUGAAGAAUCAGGAGCUAUACAUUGUAAUAUUAAUAAUAUUGCAAUUAUUGAAAAAAAUGGUAAAGAUCCCUUUAUAACAAAGGAAGAUGAUGAUUCAGAAAAAGAAGAUGAUAUUAUUAAAUGUGAUGAUAAUCUUAUAUUAGUAGGACAUGUUGAAGGAGAUGCUAGCAUUUUGGAAAUAUUUGUAUAUAACGGACCUGAAGAUUCAUUUUAUUGUCAUCAUGAUAUAUUAUUACCAUCAUUUCCAUUAUGUAUAGAAUGGCUUAAUUUUGAUCCUUCAGAUUCAAAACCAAGUAAUUUAUGUGCAAUUGGUAAUAUGACUCCUAUAAUAGAAGUAUGGGAUUUAGAUUUGAUAGAUUGUUUAGAACCAAUUUAUAAACUUGGUUGUAAAGCAAAUAAAAAAAAAAAUCGAAAACAUAUUGGACAUAAAGAUGCUGUGUUAGAUUUAGCAUGGAAUGAAAAUUAUACACAUGUUCUUGCUAGUGGAUCAGUUGAUCAAUCAGUUUUGUUGUGGGAUUUAGAAAAUGGAAAACCUGUUAAUAAAUUUACUUCUUUUCAUGAAAAAGUUCAAUCAUUAAAAUGGCAUCCAAUAGAAACUCAUCAAUUAUUAACAGGUUGUGCAGAUAAGAUAGUGAGAUUAUUUGACUGUAGGUAUGAAACAAUUAUAAAAUCAUGGGAAGCAUUAGGAGAAGUAGAAAAAGUAUUAUGGAAUUCUUUUGAUUCUAAUUAUUCCAUAAUUAGUACUUCUAAUGGAUAUAUACAAUACAUAGAUAUUAGAAAAGAUAAACCAAUUUGGAAUAUAGAAGCUCAUACUCAAGAAGUUACGGGUUUAUCACUUAGUUCAUCAUGCCCUGGGCUUCUUGUUACUUCAGCAAACGAUGGUAUUAUUAAAGUAUGGGAUAUUAUUGAAAAUACAAAACCAAGUGUUAUUUGGGAAAAGAAAACUAAUCUCGGUGGUUUAUUAUGUCUUGCAUCAAAUCCAGAUGAACCUUUUGUGUUUUCUGCUGGUGGUGAUAAUAAAUCACAUAAUUUAAAAAUAUUUGAUCUUUUAAGAAUAUCAGAAAUACAUGAAAGAUUUCAAAAUCGUGUUCCAAAAAUUAACAUUGAUGAUAUAAAAACAGAAAUAAAAGAAGAAAUAAUGGAUGUGACAGAAAAUAUGGAUUCAAUGAUUUUAAAUACAAAUACAGAAAAUAAAAUGUCUUAAAAAAAAAGAAAAUAAGAAUAUUUUAAGAAAAA